AUGCCGACAACUGAGGGGGAUUGUCAGAGGUAUACCGCGAUUAUUCGAGGCGCAAUGACGGCAUGUUGGGCGUUUACACUGAUGACACUCCACCUGUUAAUUAAGUGCCUUUCUGCUGAUUCAAAACUUGUUAAUGAAUUUGUAAUCGAAAUUGCCGUAGAAGGUAACGCACGGCAUAUCAUCGAAUCAAUGGGAUUUAAGUUUAUUCGAAAGAUUCACGGCCAUGACUAUACUUAUUUGGCAAAGCUGCCCGAGAAGUCGUUUGAAAAUGCCACUAAAUACCUUCUCAGAACUAAGAGAAAUGCGGAAGUAGUUCUAAUCGAACAACAAAAGCAGCUUAUUAGAACUAAACGGGAUGUGUUUACGUGGAACGAUUUAAAAUAUCCGGAUAUGUGGUACCUGAACCGGGCGUCUAAUAAGUAUAGCGAUGAGGUUGACUUGAAUGUGCAGGAGGCAUGGCAACUGGGUUAUUCUGGAAAAGGAGUUGUUGUAACCAUAAUGGAUGAUGGUUUGGAUCACACACAUCCUGACCUUUCAGCAAAUUAUGCCGAACAGGCUAGUUGGGAUGUUAAUAAUGGUGAUCGAGAUCCCAUGCCAAACACCACGAACCCUGAUAAUAAACAUGGAACAAGGUGCGCAGGCCAAGUUGCCGCUGUGGGAAACAACUCAGUAUGCAUUGUUGGGGUCGCUUUCAACGUCCUUAUAGGUGGAAUUCGGAUGUUGGAUGGAACCAUAACGGAUCGCGUAGAGGCCGAGUCGCUGAAUUUCAACCAGAACUACAUUGAUAUUUACUCAGGCAGUUGGGGACCGGAUGACACGGGCCAAAUCUACGAGGGUCCUGGUCGAAUGGCCUCCGAAGCCUUUCACAAAGGUGCCACUACAAUAGUGGGCGAAGGUGACCUCCAGCUUAUUCGUCCACACGUCCUACGGCCAUACCACGCAUGUACACAAGGGUGCACACGCGGGCCGUCAACAGGCGCAGAGUACGCAAUUUGGUGCAACGGCCUUUGUUUGAAACGCGGACAUUGCAAUAACGCGUCAGCAGAUGGUCGUAACGGUCUGGGAAACGUGUUUGUGUGGGCAUCAGGAAACGGUGGACGACGGGGUGACUCUUGCGCCGCUGAUGGCUAUGUAAGCAGCAUCUACACUCUGGCAGUGAGCAGUGUCACUGAGCACAAUACACAGCCCUGGUACCUGGAGAAGUGUGCGGCCAUACUGGUUUCAACCUACAGCAGUGGAGGUCCUGGUGAAUCUGGAAUUGUGACUACCGAUUUGAACCACGGCUGCACAAAUUCUCACACCGGCACUUCCGCCAGCGCACCUCUAGCAGUCGGUAUCAUCGCCCUAAUGCUCGAGGCCAAGUGCGUUUCCACCUCCUUCGGCCUGCCUGCCCGCCUGGUUCCUGCAACAUCCUUGAGUUUUUUAUUUUUGCACCCUUGGCUAUCUUCUUGUGAGAAGGCUACUUUUCGUUUUCGUCCAAAGCUGACCUGGAGGGAUGUACAGUACUUGACUGUCCUGACAGCCAACACAAAGCCAUUCAAAGACGGCGAUUUCACAAAGAAUGGGGUUGGGUACCUUUACAGCAAUUAUUAUGGAUUUGGUUUAAUGGACGCAGGGAAAGCUGUGCGAUUGAGUGAACUCUGGCGAACACUCCCGCCACAUCACCGCUGCACCACAAACGUGAAGCAGCUAUCCAGGGAUCUGUCAGUUUUAUUCUCGGAGACGUAUACCUUCAAUUUCACCGGCUGCCGACCCUUCUUGGCUGCUGACAGUUCCAAUGGAAGAAUCAACGAGGAGGGCGAACCAAUCGCCUUUGUGGAACACAUUCAAGUCUUCAUGACCGUCCGCUACGACCAUCGUGGUCUCGUUCGUGUGCGCGUGGUUUCACCCUCCGGUACUGUAUCAGAAUUGAUGCCUGUUCGACUGUUUGACGCAUUUUCCAAAUUUGACGGAAUUGACCGUUGGCCUUUGAUGAGCGUUCAGUUCUGGGGGGAGCCCUCCGCAGGCGAAUGGAAGAUAAUUAUCGACAAUAUGGAGGGGUUCAAACUAUUAUCCUCGUGGAAGAAACAGCAAGAGGCCUUCGAAAAAUCAGCUGGCCAGUGGGACUCUGUUCACAUGGUUGCCUAUGGGACAGAAUCAUUUCCGAUUCGACUUAAACCUCCCAGCAAAGAAAGGCAACCCCCCAAGCCAUGGUUUGACCGAUUCGCUCAGUAUGUUGUUUCUGACGACGAGAUGUCGCCUACCGGAUAUACGUGUCACAGCCAAUGCGCCACAAAUGAGUGCUGGGGUCCUUCUGCAAACCAGUGUUUGAAGGGCUGCAAAAACUUCGUCACUGAAAGCGGGCAAUGUGUGUCAGAAUGUCCGAUGGGCACGACGGCGUUGAUAAGCGCAAUAGUGAGUGAUCUCCGCGCCCAGUCCUCUUCGACUGCGGUGGCGAGAGGCGAGCUGCGCUGUGAGCGCUGCUUCUCGGCGUGUGCGGAGUGCCUGCGGCCCUACUCCGCACACAGCUGCACUGCCUGCUCAGGCGACUCCUACCUGGCCCCUUUUCUUAGCCCUACUAAGGCUCAGGUCCCUCUAAAUCCCCGAAUCGCUCGUCUUCUCGACUCUAUCACCGCUGUCCAUGGUAACCGACUGCUUGUCGGCUCCUGCGUCUCUCGUUGCCCCAUUGGCUACUUUGCUAAUGAAACGAGCAAAGUUUGUGAACAAUGUGUAGGAAACUGCAAGAAGUACUCUGGACUGGGAGCAGAUGCCUGUCAGGAGUGCGCCAAAAAUUACCGUGUUGACACCGCGGGACCGCAUCGGUGUCCCAAAGGUAGCUUCCUAAAAGGAAAUAUCUGUGUUCCUUGUGUUGCUGGGUGCAACGUAGACUCCUGCUCAGAACACGGACUCUGUACAUACUGCGAUACAGCGCAUCGCUUCAUGCACGAGGGCAGAUGUGAGAAAUCCUGUCCAGUUGGCUUCUUCCCCGCCUUUCGACUGCGGCAGUCCGGUCUCUACGAGACGGAGACGGCACCAAUUGUGGACGAUGCUGGGAUCGUGUGGAUGUGCGCGCCUUGUCCGCCGGGCUGCGUGAGUUGCUCCCCCUCGCCUCGACGCCUCCAGGGUUUCGUGGUGCCGCGCUGCGACACAUGCCACAAAGGCCUCAGUCUCGAGCGCAACUCCGGUCUCUGCAAAUCUCCCUGUCCUAUUGGCACCUAUGGCCAAAACUGUACUCGAACCUGCCACCACAUGUGCUUGACUUGCCUUGACGAACUGGAUUCGUGUCUUCAGUGUUCUUCGGGUGCUUAUUUGGCCUAUGGGGAACACCGCCUCGAUCCCUUAAUUAUCUUUACAAGCGAUAAACCCAUUGGUUAUGGUUGUGUUAACUUCUGCCCAGAGGCGACCUAUGCAGCACGAAUAGACGGUGAACUAAUCUGUCUCCCCUGUCCUCCAUUGUGCAAAUCCUGCGCUGCCCCGGAUAAGUGCACUCGAUGCGAGGAGGGCUACGCUCUAAGUAAGCGUGAUGGAAAGUGUGAACCGGUGCGCUCCUGCUCUCAGGCGACAUACUUUGACAACAGUGAUCAGAAAUGCAAGCCAUGCCAUCCUUCGUGUGUCCGUUGUCGCGGUUCGGGGUCCUCGGACUGUUUGGAGUGUCCUCGAUUGAGCAGUGGUUUGAGUACCUUCCCCGCCUGUCUGGAACCGCCCCCGCCAAUGAGGGCGACACACACCAGCCAGGAACCCUUACUGGAGUCCCCUGUAGGCACCUGCUACCCUUGCUGUCACGUCGCUCGCAUUCUCGACUCGCAGCCGCCCUCCGGCUUCACGUGCUCUUCAUGGGCUGCCAUUGGUGGAGGCUUAGGGCUCUACGAGAACUACACUUUCCUCGGGGGCAUCGCCGAUACCCCACUAGAGGCGAAUGGGAGCGGUUGGGCCUGGGUCGGGGAGGAUCCAGUCCGCCUGAGCUUCUUCAUCACGGCGAUUCUCACCGUGGCAAUUGCCCUGGGCUACCUCGUCUAUCAUCUCACCACAAAACGCAUCCGUAAGCGACACAUUCGCAAUUACCACUCGUUGUUUCUAAGUCAUGGGCGCACUGGUUCGCGAUUAUCGCAACGAUGUCCCGAUGCUGGGAGCUCACCAGUCAUUCAUAUUCAAUCACCGGUGAACGGUCAAACUAACGGCCGAGCUAAAACACCUGUUAUUGUCUCUGAACAGAAUUCGUUUUUUAAUCAGCUGCAGCCACCUAAACUUAUUGACAAUUUCUGA